AUGCGUGUACAAGCGACCGGUGCACCUGUGCGUCUGACGGUUUGGCGAAGCGGCCGGUUCGGCAAGCCGACCGGCUAUUCUGAUUGGCCCAGCCAGUUGCCCAGUGGUGGAGGCGCGCGCGCUUAUGCGCCUCUCACGGCGGCAUGGCAGGCACAGCGGCCACUUGGCCACGUCUGGCAGCCUCUGAGUCGGUCUAUUGGCCUGCGCCCCGACGUGCCAAUUGUGUGCGCCUGCGUGCAACACGCCGGGGGGCAGGCAGACACGAGACGUGCUCGGGCCGAUAGGCGAACGAGAUGGCGGCGAGUGAGCCAAGGGCGCGCAACGUGUGCGUCUGGCUAUGUCUCUCCAGCCGACCAGCCGACCAGCCGGCGGCCUCGCGUCCCCACCAGAGCUCGUUCAAGCGAUCGCCUGCUCAGAGGCGAGGCGAAGCGGACACGAUUGGGGCACUACCUUCGCCUCUUCAGGCUCCGCCCACUCAAGGCCGACUGGCUGGCUCGGCCAAACGUGUCUGCGUGCGUGCAUGCGCACUUUUGUGCAUCGGUGUGUAUAGCUGCGGGUGUCCAGCCAAUGGCGUCAGAGCUAGACGGUGACUGA